UUUCAGUGUUUAAAUUAAACCUUCAAAUAUGCGCAAACGUAAGUCUCUUAAGAAAGAUGAAGACUCCGAGGGAUCUGAACCCGCUGGGGAACCUGAAGAAUUUCAAGAUUCAGGGGAAGAUUGGACGCCGGAUGCCGAUUCGAAUGAACAGCCGGUCCGCGGCAGCGGUGGGCGCAAGCGCACAUCAAAGGCUGCCAUGAACAACUCUAAUAAAAAGAAACGCAAGGAAGAAUCCUCAGAGGAUAGCGAGGGUGAGGGAGAGGAUGACGAGGAGGCAGAGGACGAGGAGGGUGACCUCGACGAAGAGGAAGGUUCUGAUGAUGAAAAAAAUGGAUCCGACGGCAAUAAAUCUGACUCAAGUCAGUCCAAGGAUGUACCAAAGCACUUCCAUUCCGGGAACUUUGUAUUGCUGAAAUCUGAUGUGAAAUGGGAUGGAGACACAGUGAUUUCAAAGUUGGAUGAACUGAAUUUGUGGAAAAUUGAUGGAAAGGCCCUGCUACAGAAAUUCAUUCCCAUGGAGUCAAAUGGAAAAAUUUUACACAAAUGCACCUGUGUGUACUCUGGAUGGAAUGUGGACAACCGAGAUAACUACUAUCCCAUCACUGAGAUCCUGGAUAGGAAUCCUCGCACCGAUUCUAAGGAAAUUUGUGUAGCAUUAGACCUUGAUGACCUUAUCAAAGUAAGAGACAAGUAAACACAUUGCUUUUACCACUUAAUAAAUUCAAUUAGUUAAGAUACUACAACCUUAUACAUAGCGUUUUCUUUGGCAUUUCAUUCCAUAUUACUUUUAUGUAAUUCAAACAAUUUGUAAAAAAAUAAUAUAAUAAA